CUCGUCAUUCAGUAUUGAAUUCGAAUUUCAAGCAAACGGACGUUCUUUAAAUUUCUAUAUCUAUUUUUACUCGUCGUGUGUUCUCAGUUCGCUAUAUCAUACAAACUUAUACAUAGAUAUACAUAUGUAUGUUCGCAUAUCGGAACUUUUAUUUUUCGUAUUGACAUUUAACUAUUGUCAUAAUUAACAUUUUCUGAUUCCCCGAUUCACUGAUAUAUGUAUUCGUAAUACAUUAUUUUUAGUGAACCAAACUAAUACAUCAUAACGUUCAUUUAUAAGGCAAAAAUUAACAACUUUGAAAGUGGAAUAUAGCCAAACUGCAUAAUCACAGAGAUUGAGGCAAUUUUAUACAACGCCUUGCUGACAAUUUAUUGCCGAAAUAGAUUUUCUUAAGUGUGCCAUCGCGAUGGCUGCUCCAGCAGCCUGUACGCGUUUUUCAGACAAUUACGACAUCAAAGAAGAGCUAGGAAAGGGUGCCUUCUCAAUAGUAAAAAGAUGUGUCCAAAAAUCAACUGGAUUUGAAUUUGCUGCAAAGAUUAUAAAUACCAAAAAGUUGACAGCAAGAGAUUUUCAAAAACUAGAACGUGAAGCUAGGAUCUGCCGAAAAUUACACCAUCCAAAUAUUGUGAGAUUGCAUGACAGUAUCCAGGAGGAGAACUAUCAUUAUCUUGUUUUUGAUCUUGUAACUGGUGGUGAACUUUUCGAAGACAUUGUUGCACGCGAAUUUUAUUCAGAGGCUGAUGCAUCACAUUGUAUUCAACAAAUAUUGGAAUCGGUCAAUCACUGUCACCAAAACGGUGUGGUGCAUCGAGAUCUGAAACCUGAGAAUUUACUAUUAGCUAGUAAGGCAAAGGGUGCAGCUGUGAAACUCGCUGACUUUGGUCUAGCCAUUGAAGUUCAAGGCGACCAUCAGGCCUGGUUUGGAUUUGCUGGCACACCGGGUUACCUAUCGCCGGAGGUAUUAAAAAAGGAGCCCUACGGAAAAUCGGUAGAUAUAUGGGCAUGUGGAGUAAUUCUUUACAUACUUUUGGUGGGUUAUCCACCAUUUUGGGAUGAAGACCAACAUAGAUUAUACUCCCAGAUAAAAGCAGGAGCCUACGAUUAUCCUUCGCCAGAAUGGGAUACAGUAACACCAGAAGCAAAAAAUUUAAUUAAUCAAAUGCUAACUGUGAAUCCAAAUAAACGAAUAACCGCAUCCGAGGCUCUGAAGCACCCAUGGAUUUGUCAAAGGGAACGUGUGGCAUCUGUUGUGCAUCGUCAAGAAACCGUGGACUGUCUCAAGAAAUUUAAUGCACGUCGUAAGCUUAAAGGAGCUAUACUUACGACAAUGCUGGCUACUAGAAAUUUUUCUAGCAGAAGCAUGAUAACCAAAAAGGGUGACGGAUCUCAAGUCAAGGAAUCAACUGACUCGUCUAGCACCACCCUUGAAGACGACGACAUAAAGGAAGAUAAAAAAGGAAUCGUUGAUCGCAGUACCACAGUCAUAUCGAAAGACCCCGAAGAAAUAAGGAUAGUGUGUCCUGCUAAAACUUGCCAGCAAAUUUCUGGAAACUCACAGUGCUCCUCAGCAGCUAGACGACAAGAGAUAAUAAAGAUCACUGAACAGCUGAUUGAAGCAAUAAAUAGUGGUGACUUUGAUGGAUACACUAAGAUUUGUGACCCUCAUCUAACUGCCUUCGAGCCAGAAGCAUUAGGUAACCUAGUCGAAGGAAUUGAUUUCCACAAAUUUUACUUUGAAAACGUUCUUGGUAAGAAUUGUAAAGCCAUUAACACAACAAUAUUGAAUCCCCAUGUACACUUAUUGGGUGAAGAGGCCGCUUGCAUCGCAUACGUCAGGCUAACACAGUAUAUUGAUAAACAAGGACAUGCUCAUACCCAUCAGUCAGAGGAGACGCGCGUCUGGCAUAAACGCGAUAACAAAUGGCAAAAUGUUCACUUUCACCGAAGCGCAUCAGGAAAAAUAAGUGGAGCUACUACAUUCGAUUUUAUACCACAGAAAUAAGUUGCAUCAAUCGAUGGAUUGCAUUCAUCUCACCAAAGAUAAAAAGUCUAGUUGUGCAGUUCAAGCAGUUGAAUGUGCUACAUUCAUUUGCAGUUGACACAAAAAUGGUGUCUUACAUAUACAAAAGUUUAUUGUAAAGUUGAUAAUUUGUCUAAAUUAUAUUUAAUAUUUAUUUUAUGUUUAUAUUUAUAUUCUUAUAAAUACAAUCUAAGUCGAAGAAAAAUGAAAGUCCAAGUCAAGGCUUAUAAAUUCCACAGAAAGUUAAAGAUUAAACAUAAAAAACAGUAUAUAAUGAAAACUACGUUUCGUAGCCAACAUAUCUGUGGGAGUAAAAUAUGUAACUGGAGAACAUCAUGUUUGUAAAUCUUAAUGUGGGAAUGUGUUUCUGGAAUGGCCUGGUUUGCCUAUGCAAAGUCCUACUGACCAUCAGAGACUUUGGCAAAAAACAAAAAAAAUACGAAAACUAUAAAAACCUAAUAAAUCUUUACUUACUCUUCUAAAAAUGCCUGCAAACAUUGUUAAUGUAUGUAUCUGAAUACUUAUAAUCAUUUGUUUAUCUGCAUAAGCACUUAAUUAUUCACGUUCGUAAAAUACAUAAACAAAAAUAUAUAGCAUAUGAUUAUAUGUAAUCGCAAAUAAAUGUGUGAAUAAAACCAAAAAUUAAUAACGCAAUUUAAUAUAAAAUGUAUCACGAAAGUGUAAAGCAUUAGAUAAUUACAAAAUAGCAUUUAAAAAUUAGAAAAGAAAUAUAUAUAAAUUUAAAUCCAAAUAAAUUAGCUAAUUGUUAUAAAAAAUUUAGAUGGAAAUGAUUUGGCGAUGCUUUUCAUGAUUCAUUACAUCACCAUUACGUACAUACAUCAUACAUCGCCUGUCUGUCCGCAUCCUAGCCAUUUCAUAUGUACCUUAUACAUAUGAAUUAAUGAUUCAUGCGUCUGGGGAUGCAGUGCAUCUUCGACAAGACAAGAAUUAAAUAGAGGUUUUAUUAUUACAUAAAUGAAUAAUAAUGGUCUUCUAAUAAGUAAUAUGAUUUAUCUAAAUUUUAUAUGCAUAUUUCAAUAUCAUAAAAAAUGUUAAAAAAAAUUUACAAUACAAUUUAAAAAGCAGAGCGACGAGAUUAUUUAUCCUACGAUAAUUACAUUACAGAUAAUAUUAUGAGAUAAUUUUCAUAUUUUUUCCAGUUCAGAAUUUAGAUCAAAUUAAGUGUUUUAGGUUAAGCCUCUAACUAUGUAUGUAUAUCAUGUGUAAGUGUAUCUUUUAUUGUGAGCAGG